AUGGAGAAGAAUCAUAAAGCAGAGCACUUGAUUUUUGCUGACAGUAGUAUGUCCCAUGGUGACUGUGAAGGUGCCUUUGCUGGACCAGUGGUUGAUCCACAUGUAACAGCAGUUUGGGGGAAGAAUGUCACACUGAAAUGCAUAAUUGAAAUAAAUGAAACAAUAACACAAAUCUCAUGGGAGAAGAUACAUGGUAAAAGUACACAGACCAUUGCUGUUCAUCAUCCUGAAUAUGGGUUUUCUGUUCAAGGAGAAUACCAAGGAAGAGUGUCAUUUAAGAACUACUCACUUACUGAUGCAACUAUCAUCCUAAACAAUAUAAGCUUCUCUGAUUCAGGAGAAUAUGUAUGCAAAGCAGUUACAUUCCCACUAGGAAAUGCUCAGUCAUCAACAACUGUAACUGUAUUGGUUGAACCCAUUGUGAGCCUAACAAAGGGACCAAACUCUUUAAUAGAUGGUGAAAAUCAGACAAUAGCAGCCAUUUGUACAGCAGCCACUGGAAAACCUGCUGCAGAUGUUGAUUGGGAAGGAGGUCUUGGAGAAAUGGAAUCCAGUUCUACUUUAUUUCCAAAUGAAACUGUGACAGUUGUCAGUCAGUACAAACUCAUACCCACCAAAUUUGCCAGAGGAAGACGCAUAACUUGCGUUGUGAGGCAUCCAGCUUUGGAGAAGGAGAUGAGAUAUCCUUACACAUUGGACAUACUAUAUGCCCCUGAAGUUUCAGUAACUGGGUAUGAUGGAAACUGGUUCAUUGGAAGAGAGCAUGUUCAGCUCCGGUGUAAUGCUGAUGCAAAUCCACUGCCCAUGGAAUUUACAUGGACCAGGUUGGAUGGGCAAUGGCCUGAAGGUUUAAUGUCUUCAAAUAAUACUCUGCAUUUCAACAGUCCAUUGACUUACAAUUAUACUGGGACUUAUGUCUGUAAGGUGACCAAUUCCCUUGGACAAAGAAGUGAUCAAAAGACGAUCUACAUAUUGGAUGUGCCAUUUAAACAGACAUCUUCUGUAGCUGUAGCGGGGGCUGUAAUUGGAGCAGUUCUUGCUCUCUUUAUCAUUACCAUCUUUGUGACAGUGCUAUUGACUCCAAGGAAAAAAAGGCCAUCCUACCUUGACAAAGUGAUUGAUCUUCCACCCACACACAAACCACCACCUUCAUAUGAGGAAAGAGCACUCUCUGUAUCUCAGAAAGAAGUCAUUCAGAGAGAACGCUUCCCUUUGCAACGCCAAUACCGGGAGAGAGAAGCUGGAAAUUUGCAGAACAUAAAAGCAGUAAAUGGCAGGCAACUUAAUUACGAAGAUGAAAAUCCAUUGGGCCAAGAAAACCUUCAGCAGAUGUACCCCGUUCACAAGCAGUUAUGUUACAAAGAUUGGAGCAGCAAGUACCAUCAAAACCCAGGAACUGGAAGAAUCUACAUUAAUCCUAGAGAACACUAUGUGUGA